GGGACCCUCGGGCGUCUGGAUCGCGUGAGCUGAGCCUUCUCUCCGCGCCACGAAGGAUGGAGCGACGCCGGCCGCGGAUGCAGCCCCCUGCCUCCGGCGCGCCCGCGGCGGCCCCGCACCCCUCCUCCGCCUCGCUGCGCGGCUGCCGGGACGGCCGGACUCCGCGCAGAAAGGGCCCCCAGCACCCUGCGGGCCCCGAGGAGCCCGGGGAGAAGCGCCCCAAAUUCCAUUUGAAUAUUAGGACACUGACAGAUGAUAUGCUUGACAAAUUUGCCAGCAUAAGGAUGCCUGGAAGCAAGAAAGAAAAACCUCCUCUACCCAAUCUAAAGUCUGUGUUUGCAAGCACUGAGCACUCAUCUGUGUCUUCAGAGAUGACAGAAAACAUUCCAAAGCCACUGUCAGACAGUGAAGUCUUAAAACUUUUUGAAAAGAUGAUGGAAGAUAUGAAUUUAAAUGAAGAUAAAAAGGCACCAUUGCGGGAAAAGGAUUUCAGUAUCAAAAAAGAAAUGGUGAUGCAGUACAUUAAUACCGCUGCUAAGACAGGAAGUCUUAGAAAUAGUCGACAGAUCUCCCCUCAAGAAUUCAUCUAUGAACUGAAAAUGGGGUCUGCUGAUGAGAGGCUUGUCACAUACCUGGAGUCCCUCCGAGUGUCUUUGACCAGUAAUCCUGUGAGUUGGGUGGAGAGUUUUGGAUAUGAGGGACUUGGAUUAUUACUAGACAUUUUGGAAAAACUAAUUAAUGAAAAAAGCCAAGACAAAGUUGUAAAGAAGAAUCAACACAAAGUCAUCCAGUGUCUAAAGGCUCUGAUGAAUACACAGUAUGGCUUAGAGAGGAUUAUGAGCGAGGAGAGGAGCCUUUCUUUGUUGGCUAAAGCCAUGGAUCCUCAGCACCCCAGUAUGAUGACUGAUGUGGUCAAACUUCUCUCUGCGGUCUGCAUCGUAGGCGAGGAGAGCAUCCUUGAAGAAGUUUUAGAAGCUUUAACUUCUGCUGGAGAAGAAAGAAAAAUCGACAGAUUUUCUUCUAUUGUGGAAGGCCUUAAGCACAAUUCAGUUCAACUGCAAGUAGCUUGUAUGCAGCUCAUAAAUGCCCUUGUUACAUCUCCUGAUGAUUUGGACUUCAGGCUUCACAUCAGAAAUGAAUUUAUGCGAUGUGGAUUGAAAGAGAUAUUGCCAAGUUUAAAGCUUAUUAAGAAUGAUGGCCUGGAUAUCCAACUAAAAGUCUUUGAUGAGCAUAAGGAAGAAGAUUUGAUUGAAUUCUCUCAUCGCCUUGAAGAUAUUAAAGCUGAACUUGAUGAAGUAUCUGAUGUUUACAACAUGGUGUGGAACACAGUUAAGGAAACUACUGCGGAGGGGUAUUUUAUUUCUAUUCUUCAACAUCUUUUGUUGAUUCGAAAUGACUAUUUUAUUAGACAGCAGUACUUCAAAUUAAUUGAUGAAUGUGUCUCCCAGAUUGUAUUGCACAGAGAUGGAAUGGAUCCAGACUUUACCUAUCGAAAAAGACUAGAUUUAGAUUUAAGUCAAUUUGUAGAUGUUUGCAUAGAUCAAGCAAAAUUAGAAGAGUUUGAAGAAAAAUCAUCAGAACUUCAUAAAAAGUUUGAAAAAGAGUUUGCCGACCACCAGGAAACCCAGGUUCAAUUGCAGAAAAAAGAGGCAAAGAUUAAUGAGCUUCAAGCAGAGUUACAAGCUUUUAAAUCUCAGUUUGGUGCUUUGCCAGCUGGUACAAAAAUUCCUUUGCCAGCAUCCCAAGAAGAUGGAACCAGCCAUCCAGCAGUCCCUCCUGCCCCUCUACUGCCUAUUAGUGGAGUGGCGCCACCUCCACCACCCCCUCCACCACCACCACCUCCUCUUCCUGCAGUGCGGAUGCCAUGCGGUGGUCCUAUACCUCCACCACCUCCUCUGGGACUUUUCAGCGGACCAGACUCUCUUCCUCCUCCAGUACUGCCAUUUGGAUUGAAACCAAAGAAAGAAUUUAAACCUGAAAUCAACAUGAGAAGAUUAAACUGGUUAAAGAUCAGACCUCAUGAAAUGUCUGAAAACUGUUUCUGGAUAAAAGUAAAUGAAAAUAAGUAUGAAAACAUGGAUCUACUUUGUAAACUUGAGAACACAUUCUGUUGCCAACUAAAAGAGAGAAGAGAUGAAGAAGAUUUUGAGGAAAAGAAAAUUAUUAAAAAAAGAAUCAAAGAACUUAAAUUUCUGGAUUCUAAAAUUGCCCAAAACCUUUCAAUCUUCCUGAGUUCUUUCCGGGUGCCAUAUGAGGAAAUCAAAAUGAUGAUACUAGAAGUGGAUGAAACACAGUUGGCAGAAUCUAUGAUCCAGAACUUAAUAAAACAUCUUCCUGAACAAGAACAAUUGAAUUCAUUGUCUCAGUUCCAGAAUGACUUUAACAACUUAUGUGAACCUGAGCAGUUUGCUGUUGUGAUGAGCAAUGUGAAGAGACUACGGCCACGGCUCACUGCUAUUCUCUUUAAGCUUCAGUUUGAAGAGCAGGUGAACAACAUCAAACCUGACAUCAUGGCUGUCAGUAGUGCCUGUGAAGAGAUAAAGAAGAGCAAAAGCUUUAGCAAGUUGCUGGAACUUGUGUUGCUAAUGGGAAACUACAUGAAUGCUGGCUCCCGGAAUGCUCAAACCUUCGGAUUUAACCUUAGUUCUCUCUGUAAACUGAAGGACACAAAAUCAGCAGAUCAGAAAACCACAUUGCUUCAUUUCCUGGUAGAAAUCUGUGAAGAAAAGUACCCUGAUAUAUUGAAUUUUGUGGAUGAUUUGGAACAUUUAGACAAAGCUAGUAAAGUCUCUGUAGAAACGCUGGAAAAGAAUUUGAAGCAGAUGGGAAGGCAACUUCAACAGCUUGAGAAAGAUUUGGAAACCUUUCCCCCUCCUGAGGACUUGCAUGACAAGUUUGUGACAAAGAUGUCCAGCUUUGUUAUCAGUGCUAAAGUACAGUAUGAGAAACUUUCUAAAUUACUGGAAAGCAUGGAACAGUCGUACCAGAGCAUGAUGGGAUAUUAUGCUGUUGACGUGAAGAAGGUGGCUGUGGAAGAUUUCCUUUCUGACUUGAAUACUUUCAGAACUACGUUCAUGCAAGCAAUAAAAGAAAACAUCAAAAAAAAAGAAGCAAUAGAGAAAGAAAAACGUGCCAGGAUCGCCAAAGAAUUAGCAGAGAAAGAAAGACUGGAACGACAGCAAAAGAAAAAACGCUUACUUGAGAUGAAGACUGAGGGUGAUGAGACAGGAGUGAUGGAUAGUCUGCUGGAGGCCUUGCAGUCAGGGGCUGCCUUCCGCGACAGGAGAAAAAGGACACCAAAGCCGAAAGAUAUUCGGCAAAGUCUCAGUCCAUUGUCUCAGAGGCCUGUUCUGAAAGUUUGUAAUCAUGAAAAUCAGAAAGUGCCGUUGACAGAAGGGGCACAUUCUCACUACAAUAUCAAUUGCAACUCCACAAGGACUCCAGCCGCCAAGGAGCUUAAUUAUAAUCUAGACACUCAGACGUGUGCUGGGAGGAUCAAGGCAGCUGAGAAGGAAGCCUGUAAUGUGGAAAGCAACAGAAAAAAGGACAUGGAACUUCCUGGUUCUGCUUCUAAAAAUGAGUCCAUUCCUGAAGUUGAAGCCCUGCUGGCAAGAUUACGAGCUUUAUAAAUUAAACUGGUAAAAAAUGAUUAAGCCAAACAUAAAGCCAUGCUCUAAGCUAUAACACUUGAAAAAAUGCUUUUAUAUAAGUGACUUUAUAUAGUUUUAACUUAUGAUAAUAUAUUAGGGGGAAAAAUCAAGCUAAAUACAUGGUUGUAAUGCUUUUCCUAUGUACUUGAAGUUUUGACUUUUUCAAGACUGUAAUGGGCUUUAAUGCUUUUUUUGUCUCCUUGUAUUCAUCUGUUCUAUAUUUGGUGAUUAAAUUAUACAUAUUGCUUUAGAGAGCAAGGUGGGUGGCCAUGUGUUCAGCAAUACGUCCUUCAGAAAAUUCCAUCUUUGUAAGUCACUGAAGUUUUCACUUAACUGUUUUCUACAUUAGUGAAUGCCAGACAUCAGUCUAAUGCUUUGCUAUCUAUCCAUGAAUAUUCCAUACUUAUUAUUUAUAUAGGCCUAGCUUUCACCACUGUAAUGUUAAAAACAUAUAACUAUAUAUCAAAGCUCUAAGGAAAUGACAACUAACAUUAUUAUUCCAGGUUAAUUAUAUGACAAUUAAGUGCACUUC